UGGUCUGACGGCAUUACAGCUGAGAGGGCGGCAUAUUUACUUUCGCGACAUUCUUUGGAUCAGGCAUUUAAUUUGGCCUUUGAGAAGCCUCAAAAUGCCGUAUAUUUGACAUUUGCAUUUAAACCAGUGACUGCUGCGGCGUUCCUAUCCUUAGGACGUCAAGUUUUCGUCCCCGGCAAUCACUUGUAUCCCAAAACAUCGCAUGAAAUUGCAGUAACAGUUAGGUUCAGGGGUUGGAACAUGGAAACUUGCGUGACUCAUUGUUUGUUUUGAUACAGUUUGAAGGCCUUUUCAAAAUGGCGGCCUCAAAGACUGAAGGCGUCAGGGUGGUGGUUAGGUGCAGACCCCUAAGUGAUGACGAAAAGCGAGCUGGAUUUACCUCUGUCGUAAAAAUUCAGCAAGAUCGUGGAGUUGUCGAGGUUUACAGCCCUAGCGGAAAAUCAGAAACGCCCAGGCGCGAGUUCACAUAUGACGCAGUAUAUGGCCCCAACUCCAGGCAGCAGGAACUGUAUGAUGAAGCAUUCCAUCCUCUGGUCGAGUCAGUCAUGCUUGGAUUCAAUGGCACAAUAUUUGCAUACGGCCAGACUGGCAGUGGAAAAACUUACACAAUGGAAGGAAUCGCCAACGAUUCUGAAAAGCAGGGAGUGAUUCCCUUCGCUUUUGAGCACAUCAUGAAUCACAUUGCCAGGUCUCAAGCCACAAAGAGGUUUCUGGUGCGCUGCAGCUAUUUGGAAAUAUAUCAAGAGCAAGUCAGAGAUUUAUUAGCGAAGGAAAUGAGGAAUCUAAAAUUGCGUGAGCAUCCUGAGAACGGAGUAUUUGUGGACGGUUUACUGACUGAAGUGUGCAACAGUGUGUCUGAUCUCAAACAUUACAUGUCCAUAGGCAAUAAGCAACGUAGUAUAGGUGCCACCUUGAUGAAUAGACAGAGUUCUAGGUCCCAUUCAAUUUUCAUGAUCACCGUCGAGUGUGAGGAGACGGCCCUGGACACGGCCAGUGUCAUUCGAGUUGGCAAACUGAAUCUCGUUGACCUGGCAGGCAGUGAGAAGCAGAGCAAAACUGGUGCAGAGGGAGUGAGGCAACAGGAGGCUUCUAAUAUCAAUCUCUCACUGUCGGCACUUGGAAAUGUGAUUUCAGCUUUAGUUGAGAGCCUCAAAACCAAAGACAAAGAGAGUCACAUUCCAUACAGAGACAGCAAGUUGACUAGAUUACUUAAAGAUUCUCUGGGAGGAAAUUCUAAAACAGUCAUCGUUGCAAAUAUUGGCCCAGCCAGCUACAAUUAUGAGGAAACAGUUGGCACACUACGAUUUGCGUCAAGGGCAAAGAAAAUAAAGAAUGCUCCUGUGGUAAACCAGGACAUCAAAGACGCAAUGCUGCUAGAGUAUCACAAGGAGAUCCUGCGACUCAGAGCAUCCCUUGAGGAAAGGAAGAAGAAGAAACUUGAGGACGUUGGUGUCAAGAAAAUGGAGGAAGAUGAGAAUAUUAGCAACGAAAACGGAAAUGCUGUCAGUGAGGAGAAAGAAAAACUUCUGCAGGAGGUAAAACAGAAGGAAGAGGCGCUAGAAAAGGAAAAAGCGCAAAAAGGCCAUCUUGAGGACAAAAUCAAAGAACUGGAGAGUAAACUUCUCUGCGGUGGGAAAAACAUAAUAGACCACACAAAUGAGCAACAAAGAGCCUUGGAGCUGCAGAGACAGGAAAUUGCGGAACAGAAGCAACGAGAACGGGAAAUGCAUCAACUUUUGGAAGAGCAAGAAGAGUGCGCGCUUGAGAUGCGAGAGACUCACUCAAAUCUGCAACAAGACAUUGCUCAGACCACAAAAAGACUGCGGAAAGUCUUUUCCAAACUACAAGGUGCUAAACAGGAACUCCACGAGUUGAACGAAAUGAAUGAUCGGGAGCGUCGAGAGUGCAUGCACACGCAAAACGAAUUGACCAAAGAGCUAAAGCUCAAAUACCUCAUCAUUGAAAACUUCAUUCCCGCUGACGAGAAGAACAAGAUCCGCCAGCGCAUUGCGUAUGAUGAGGAUGAAGACGCUUUUUUCUUGCUGCCACUGGCGCAAGUGGCUCCGCAGACCAACAGCCGCCCAGUCUCAGCUGCUGGUUCGAGACGACCGGUCUCCGAAUACGCACGAAUGUCGUCUUUCAUGGGAGGAAGCCCAAGAUAUAAGGGAGAAAAUAUUCUUUCUCUGGAGCUUGAUAUGCCACUGCGAACCACGAUGGACUACGAAGGUCCUCGCGUCUCUCCAAAGAUUCAGGCUGUUUUGGACGCCGCUCUUAACUCUGUUGACCCAAAAGAAGCGGACAUUGAUAUCGAUGCGAGUGCUGCGUCCCUCUUGGCCCAAGGCAGGAUCCGGGCCGAACGUCGAGAUAAACAAACAAAACCAACGCGAGCUAAGAGUGCAGCUGUGAAAAGUUGUUCGUCGUCAAGCUCGUCACCAACUUCUUCAUUCCCUCAAGCGAGGGGUCUAGUCCCCAAAUAGCUAGGGGAGGGCUCUGCUCCCACUGCCUCUGAAAUUCCCUGGUGGCACCUACUUAUUAUAGUCAUAACUGUGCUAUUGUUAUCGCCUUCACUUGUAAAUAACCCUAACGCUAAAAAGGAUUAACUUUACACCUCCAGAUAAUGAAUUCCAUAUCAUUUUUAGCACAUAAUUUUUGCCUCUGCGCUCAAAUCAUGUUUGCACACUUCUGUGUUGUAUUUUCUUAAAUAGUCUUUGAAUCAUUAUAAUUUAGCUGUGAUAUUUAUUUCAAUUAUUGCAAUCCUCGUCUAUAGUUUGAGCAUUUUGUAUUCGUAAAAUUACCCACACUUUAUCUGCUAGUCCUACAUCAUUGCAUGUUAAUCAAGCUGUUUCCAAAGAAAUGCUGCGCUUGGAAUGUGUAUUUACAGCUGAACCAAAAGUGGCUAAUAAGCAGAUUGUAAAUCAACUUCAAAAAUAUAUCUUAUUGCAGCUCGUAUGUAAAAACAUAAGUGUGUAAUUAAUACAACUGUGUGAUGACUAUGUAAACACUUUAUGGAUGAGCAUUUACAAAAUAAACUUUGCAUAAUUAAGUUCAACAUCACGA